UGGAGUGGUGGAGGAAGACAAGUGGGUGAGCUCGUGGUCCCGCAGCUACUCUCCUCGGCCUGGCGCACGGUGCCAGUGUGACAGCUCGCUCCCUAGGAACACCACGCUUGGCAGGCAUCCUGGGAUCCCGAAGGAAAAAGAGAGAAAGGACACUAUUCUUAGUGAGUCCUACUGCCUGCUCUCACUCCUCAUCCCAGCGUCCCAUUCUCCUUCUCUGACAGCAAUAUCAUUUUUACCUUCUGUGGGGGUAGAAAACAGGAGCGACUAGGAAAGAUUAAUUUCCAUCUGAACACCGUAUUGUCUGCAGUGGCCCAUCACCAUUCUGGGAUAAAUUUGGCCUGCUACACUAGUUUUGUAACUUAAACAGGGUAGUUGUGCUAGCGUCACGGUAUCCCAUGUUGACAAAAAAUGGAAUGUGACUGUGGGCUAUGCUGUUUUUUACUCUUUUCGUUUAAAAGUUUGUAUGUCGCAACAGGAUAUUUUAGAUUGUGACUUAAAAGUUGGGAAAUGCUAUAAGUAUGGUUGCCUGUGCAGCUGUCAUCCUUUUGGCUAUGUGCAGUGUCAUACGGUCUUUUCUUAUAUGAUUAUGGAGCUGGCUGCUUGCCUCUUGUCUGAAUUCUUGAUCACAGAGCCUGCUGGACUGUUGUCUUAUUUGCUGCCCCAGUUGGAUGUACAAGGGCACAAAGUUACAAUGAUGUAGUUGUGAUUUCUGAACUUUUUAGACUGUGAGUUACUUUGUAACUCUGUUCUUUCUUUAUGCAGUCAUACAUAUUAAUGCAGAAAUAUAGGGUCGAAUAAUAAUGAAACAUUAUGGGGUUAAAUUAAUCUUUUAGUAGCUCCAUUAAUUUGAUGGGAUUACACAAGAGACUAGGCUGAUUUAUAAUGUAAAUCUGUUUUAGUAAAAGGUAUGGAAAUGACUAAGUGAACAAUUGCAGCUAAAGAUGCAUGACUCUUAUUAGAGUUUAAUUCUAAACGGCUGCAAAGAAAGUAGUACAUACACUAUUUUGUUAAGCUAGAAAUAAAUAAAAUACACUGUAAGUGUUGUAGCUAAUUAGUUAAGUGCUCAACUAUUUAGCUUUUAAAACAAGAUCAUGCUUAAGUGCCUUAAGCUUUUAUUAAUUUCAUGGACCCCAAAAUCCCCUAUAGUAAUUGAAAAUUUAAUUACAUACUUUUUUGUUUAAGAAUGGAAGCUUAUUAAACUUUAAACAUCUAUGGAAAUACCAGUGGCUAUAAACAACAUGCAAUUCUAAGUACUAAUUAAACAGGAAGGCUAAAUCACUAUAAAGCUAAACUGAAUUUUAAGUAACUUUGUACUGGUAAGUGCUCCUAUUUUUUCAUGCAAUAUAAGAUUUACCAUUUCUUCUCUAAACACGGCUGAAGUCCUGUGCGGUUUUAGUAUCUGUCUCUACUUUGGCUGUUUUUUGGAAAUAUUUGGAGUGAGGAGAAUCCCUAGGGAAUGAAGUGGAGUCUGGGAAAGCAAACCAGCAUGGGCAGGGAGCUGUUUAAGUGGGCAGCUAAGGUUGCUGAUAGCACUGACAUGUACAGAAGGCAUGGGCACACGGUAGGAUAAAACUGGUGAAAAACGGGGAGAGGUGACUUUGGGAUUGGUCAAAAAAACAAUGUUCCAUGCACAAGUGACUCAGAAGAUCUCUGACUUGAUAACAGUCACAUGUUGAAAAGUCCUUAAAUUCUCUUUGAUUUAUAGAAACCUCGUGGAAUUCAGGGAAUUCCAAUAGCUGCAUUCCAUUUUUCAGAUCCAAUUAGGUGCAAGUUGUUGUCAGUUGAUCAACUGAUUUGAUGGCUCAGUUAAUUUUCUCUGGACAGAUGUCUGUUUCUCUAAAUUAACCAUCACUGUUUGCAUUCUUAUUAGCACAAGACAAAGAUGGAGUGGACCACUCAGCCUAAACUGCCCUCUCAUUUUUAGAUGGUGCUCACUUGGGCACAUUUUUCUGCUGUAAAGUUUCACUUCUGCUUCUGCUCAGUCAACCCAACAACAGAACGAUUAAUACGUUAAGGUCGAAGGGGGUUGCCCAUACUUGGUGCACUACAUUUUUCUAUACUGCUCAAGGCAAGUCUCUACCUAAAAGAGUAUUUGAGAUGCUGCUCAUCACUGUAUGCCUGCCUAUACUAAAAUCUAAAAUGCCUCUAGGGAUAGCAGAAGUAACCUAGUGGGGUUAAGGGCAAAAGGCACACCGGAAUACAGAUUCUUUUCAAGGAGUCUUCCAAGCACCAGUUGUGAGCCCUGCCACUUUAUCAGACAGAUGUAAUUCCUCCCUCAUCACUGUUACUGUAAGUACUCAAACACUGAACACUUGAUAUGUUUGUCUUCUGCGGCAACCACUGUGUUUUUCUACUGGUUUUUGAAUAUUCAAAACCAGACGUAAUCUUGCCCUUUGAUGUGUGGGCAAGCACAACAGUAGUUUUUCUCAGGAUAAAUGAGCACGAGCAGUUGCAUUUAAGAGUGUACAGGUGGCUUUCUAAGCAAGUGGUGCCUCCAGCUUCUCCCUCACUCUUCAGACUGUCUCAGAAGAUUCAGGUCAUCCAGGAGAAAUAGCAGAAGGAUGGCAAUUCAAAUUCUGUUUUCCAAAUACCAGUAACAGUCAGAACAAUGGGAGGGGAAAGAGCCUUUCACCCCAGGGUACCAGUGUUUUGUCUUUGCUUUUAAUUUGCAUGUGCCUGUUCACAGAAUUUGUCCAUGUCUUCUUGCAGCACCUCUCUGGAACUGGUCUAGUUCAUUCAUUCAUUCAAAAAAAAAAAAAAAAAAGCUACUAAGCAUUUACAGAGCACUCUUCAUCCUCAAAACGCUUUAUAAAAAUCAUCUUUGUACCACCCCUGGAAGGCAAAUAGUGUUGCAGCUUCCUUAGGAUAGGGAAACAGAGUGAUGGUGUGAUUUUAUCAAGACAAUAAAAAGUAACAAAGGCGAGAGGUGGGGUAUAGUUUCUUCUUUUUCCUAGACAGUUUGAUUCUGUUUUCCAGAAAACCAGAAUGAAGAUUUUUACCAGUCUUUUUGUUAACAUGUGAAAUAGAAAUACACUUUCAACUCCCAGAAUACGUUGUUAAAAGCAAAGCCUGGCCCUUUCCUAAUUGUGUCACUAGAUGGCCCCACGUUUGAAGCAAACAUCCCAGAAGAAAACCUGCCAGACUGGAAGACCCUUUUUUCCCUGCUCUGGCCAGUUUUUUUUUUUUUUUUUUUUUUUUUUAAAGAUUAGCAGACACACAUAUAAGCAUUAGUCUCAAAAUAAAGCGCUAGUUGAUUGUGCUCUCUCGGAUGUGUAAAUUAGCAGGAGAAUGCUCUAUGGUAUCCACUGCUGUGUGCAGUGCAGAAGGAGCAGGCACUUCUAAACUGACACAGGAAAGGCACAGUGAAGAGCUAAGCUGGUUUUGCAGCAUGUUCCCCCACCCAAAAUCACCCUAUCUACAGUUUGCUGUGAUGAAGCUGCGUUUCAAGAGGCCAGAAAGAAUAGAGUGAUUGUCUUUCUGUAUGAAUAUUCCUUUUAAAUGUCUUUGGGGCUUUAAAAAUCUAAGUUACUGCUUUAAUUGAUAGUAAUUCUUUGUCUUGUUUGUGCACCAAGAACUGGCAGAGAGCAGAGGAAGUCAUUGCUACAGAGGCUGAAGCUUGGUGUCCAGUAUGAAGCAGCCAAAUAUUUGUGGGUUUGUCUCCCACAGAUCCCACUGUCUAACGCUUGGGCCAGGCUUUUACUGAGGAAGGGAUGCAGUCACUGAGUCGGGAAGAGGUGCGAACAGAAGCGCGUCGAAAAAAUCUCCUCAUUCUAAUUUUGCAUUAUUUAAUGGAGGAAGGGUAUAUUGAUGCUGCAAAUGCUUUGGAGCAAGAGACAAAAUUAGGUUUACGUGGCUUCGAAGUUUGUGACAACAUUGAUCUUGAGACAAUUUUGAUGGAAUACGAAAGCUAUUACUUCGUAAAAUUCCAAAAAUAUCCUAAAAUUACUAAAAAGGUCCUAGACACUGCAGAAAAUAAACAGCAACUGAGAACUGGAGGAAAGCCAAAAAGGGCAGGAAGCUCUUCUCAGACUCUACCAAGGAUCAAACAUCAGACAGUGCGGCGACCAUUGUCAAAAACUUCACCUGGGAUGACAACAGAAUUGAAAUCAUCCACCAAGGAGAGCCCCAAACAGAAUAAUGACAGUACAGUUACUCUGGAGCAGUCUGACUUUGGCUUAAGCAUCUCAGCAAUCAACAAAACUGGAGGAGGAGAAAGCACUCACCCAAGAAGGGGCCAAAUAAUUGACUUCCGUGGGUUGAUCCAGGAUGCUAUCAAAGUACCAUCAAAUGAAAUAGCCUUGAACAGCCUUAACUGUGAUCCAGAUCCAUCAGAACGCUUAUUAAAACCCCUUAGUGCUUUUAUUGGCAUGACUGGCGAGAUGAGAGAACUUGCAACAGUUGUAAGCAAAGACAUUUAUCUCCAUAAUCUAAAUGUGAAGUGGGAUGAUAUUAUUGGACUGGAUGCAGCCAAAAGGCUAGUCAAGGAAGCAGUUGUUUAUCCAAUAAGGUACCCACAACUGUUUACAGGCAUUCUCUCUCCUUGGAAAGGAUUAUUGCUGUAUGGACCACCAGGUACCGGAAAAACUUUGCUUGCUAAGGCUGUUGCCACUGAAUGCAAUACAACCUUUUUCAACAUAUCAGCGUCCACUAUUGUCAGCAAAUGGAGAGGUGAUUCAGAAAAACUUGUCCGGGUGUUAUUUGAGCUUGCCCGGUACCAUGCUCCUUCCACAAUUUUCUUGGAUGAGCUGGAGUCAGUUAUGAGUCAAAGAGGCACUGUUACAGGUGGUGAACAUGAAGGAAGUCGGCGGAUGAAAACAGAAUUACUGGUGCAGAUGGAUGGCUUGGCCCGAUCUGAUGAUCUUGUAUUUGUUUUAGCAGCUUCCAAUCUGCCAUGGGAGUUGGACUCUGCCAUGCUGCGGCGCCUGGAGAAGAGGAUUUUGGUCGACCUCCCGAGUAAAGAGGCACGGCAGGCAAUGAUUCAGCACUGGCUGCCCGCCCUGAGCAACAGCGGCGGAGUGGAGCUGAGAACAGAUUUGGACUACGGCUUACUGGGCCAGGAAACAGAUGGCUACUCUGGCUCGGAUAUUAAACUGGUGUGCAAGGAAGCAGCUAUGAGGCCAGUGAGAAAAAUUUUCAAUGCUCUUGAAAAUCAUCAGCCAGGUAAGAGUAACUUACCCAUGAUCCAACUGGACACAAUCACAACAGCAGAUUUCCUCGAUGUGAUCGCUCACACCAAACCAUCAGCAAAGAAUCUAAGCCAGAAGUACACAGCCUGGCAGAGAGAAUUUGAGUCGGUUUGAAAAGAAAAAAACCCCAACACCAAAAACUUCAAAGACUUCUUGCCACAAAAUGGCAUCUCUGUUGCCUCCAAAGGAUUGAAUGGUGAGGGGAGAAAUCUGUACUUUCAGAACUGUAAUAAGGGGAGGGUUGUUUGGUUAUUUUUGUUUUCUUACUAGCCAUUUUCAAUGACCAUUCUAAAAUAUUCUUCAUGGAAGUAAUGUAAUGGCAGAAUAGCAGCCACUAUAUAAUGAACACUCCAGCAUUAAUUUUAUGAUAAAGAUUUAUAAACUGA